UGUGAAUGGAAGCUUUAAAGAGCACCUGUGAUCACCUGUGUCAGUACACACUCCUCUCCUGCUAACACCCAGAGAACUGAAGAUCCAGCCAGCAUCAUGAACCACUUUAUUGAUUCAGCAGUCGACAAAGCAGCUAAUGUUGCUAAAGUGAAGGUGAAGUCUAUGCUUGGAGGAGGAGGAGGAGCAGCAGGAGAUUCCAAGAAGCAGGGCAAGUCUGGCGGAGGACUAGGAGGACUAGGAGGCAUUGGAGGCCUCUUCCCCUCUGCAUCAGAUGGCGGCAAGAAAGAGACGUCAAAGGGAGGUGGACUGUUUGAUGGGCUUAAAACUUCACCCAGUGAGGAGCCAAGAUAUGAACCCAGUGGAGGAGCCAGCGGAGGAGCAGAAAACUCAGAUUUCAGCUCUGCAGUAGAUGAGCUGGCUGGACUCUAAGCAGAAGAAUCAAACAACGACGGACUCCCAUCCAUCCACACAUCAUCUAGAAGCCAACUGUGAUGAUUAUUUAUAGUAAAACUUCAUAAUAAAAUUAUUUUAUUAUUUUUUUUUAUUACUUUCAUUUGUAUUGCAACAAAGGAGAAGCCUGAAUGGUCUGUGGCUUAUUGUGUGUAAAUACAGUAUGAAGG